UUGGUUUGUCUAUGAAAGUAGCGUUGUUCUCGUUUUUCUGACAUAUCGAAGAGAAACCGGCUUUGCCGCUUUUAUUUUGCAAUUUUUCCUUUAUUGUGUUUAAGAAAAAUAUAUAAAAAUGGCUUAUAAGGGCCCACCGAAAGUACAGAAGGUGAUGGUACAACCCAUAAACCUUAUCUUCAGAUAUUUACAAAACAGAAGUAGAGUGCAAAUUUGGUUGUACGAGAAUGUUAAUUUGAGAAUCGAGGGUCACAUCGUGGGCUUCGACGAAUACAUGAACAUUGUUUUGGAUGAUGCAGAGGAAGUUCAUAUGAAGUCAAAGAACAGGAAGCAGAUAGGAAGAAUAAUGAUGAAGGGAGACAACAUAACGCUCAUUCAAAAUGUGAAUCCGAACGCUACAGUGUGAAUUGUUAGGUUAUGAUAAACAAUAGUGUGAAGAAUGUAAAAUAAGGAUUAAGUGCGAAUACAAACACCGUUUACUAAUCUGGUGAUUUUCAUUAAAUUUUAAGGUUUAAACAA